AUCCGACGCGUGCGCCACAUAGCGCGCAUGCGCGUUUGCGCCUAAUGGACGAUUUUUUUGAUGGGUCAACUAUUUUCAUUGCACCGCGAAUUCACGCUCAUAUGCCGCCAUUGCUGUUUCUAUGGAAACGUGGAAAGCCGAUCUAAGGAUUACAGACAUGCUUUUAGCUAGCUGGUUGUUAUAUCGGUGACAGCACCUGGGCUGGGAUUUAUACAGGAUAUACAGUAAAAGCUAACAUGAGUUCAGUUCCUGUGGAGAUGAAAGACAGUGCAAUGUCUACUUCCAAAUGGCUUGAUGCACACUAUGAUCCUGUUGCCAAUUUAUACACUUUUUCUUCAUGCAUCACUCUGGCUGAUUUGCAUGGAGAUGGUGAGAACAAGCUGGUGGUAGGUGAUCUGGGUACAGGAACAGGCAACAUGAAGCUGAAGGUUUAUCGUGGCACGGGGUUGCUCAGUGAGAACACCCUGCUGGACUUACCCACCGGUCUGGUGUCUUUUCUCAUGGACCAACAUGAGCCUCGUACCCCUGCCAUCGCUGUGGCCUCAGGCCCCUUCAUCUACAUCUACAAGAACCUGCGGCCUUAUUUCAAGUUUACUCUUCCCACUCUGGAGGUCAACCCCCUGGAGCAGGAUGUAUGGAGUCAGGCUAGAGGGGACAUGAUUGACCCAUUGACACUAAAAGAAAUGUUAGAGAGUAUAAGAGAUAAGGCUGACAUUCCGCUAUCAGUCCGAUCACUACGGUUCCUUAUCCUUGAACCACAGGAAAUGGAGUCGUAUGUUAACCUUUACAAAGAGCAGCCCAUACGCAGACAGACAAUUAUUACAUGCAUAGGGACCCUAAAGAAAAUGGCGGAUGAUGAUGCAGUCAGCUGUCUGGUUAUUGGCACAGAAAGCCAAGAUGUUUAUAUCUUGGACCCGGAAGCUUUUACCAUUCUCUCAAAGAUGUCUCUUCCCAGCGUCCCUACACUCAUGGAUGUGAACGGUCAGUUUGACAUCGAGUUCAGAAUCAUUGUAGCCUGUCGUAAUGGGAACAUCUAUAUACUACGCAGGGACUCGCAGAAGCCUAAGUACUGCAUUGAGCUGUCCUCUCACCCUGUUGGACUGGUCAGAAUGGGCAAGAAUGUGGUGGUCGGCUGUGCUCAGGAGACUAUGCAGAGCUUCACUCAGAAGGGGAAGAAGCUAUGGACGACUUACCUGCCUGCUCCAGUCACCACUAUGGCACUUCUGGAAUUGCCAGCACGGGGCUUCCAGGCCAUACUGGUGGCUCUGGCUAACUGUGAGGUCCAUGUGUAUCGUGACAAGAACGUAGUCAGCACCAUCAAAACGCCGGACGUGGUGACCAGCAUCUGUUUUGGCCGUUAUGGUCGUGAAGAAGGCACCCUAAUCAUGACCACCAAAGGAGGUGGUCUGAUUGUUAAGAUCUUGAAGAGGACAGCUGUGUUUGAUGACAGGGACUCCAUCUCUGGCCCCCCAAUAGCCCAAAGCAUCCGACUAAACGUGCCCAAGAAAACCAAGCUUUAUGUGGACCAGACCAUGAGAGAAAGGGAGAAUGCUGUGGCCAUGCAUAGAGCCUUCCAAAUGGACUUGAGCAGGCUGCGGCUAGCUGCAGCCAGGGCCUAUGUCAAAGCCUUGGAGUCCAGCCUCACUCCUAUGUCAGCCAGCUUGACUGAACCUUUGAAGAUGAAUGCAGUGGUUCAAGGCUUAGGCCCGUCCUUCAAACUGACUCUGAACAUCCAGAACACAGCAGCAUGCCGCCCUGUCAUGAACCUAGUUAUCAGUUUCCUGUUUGAUGAGAAUCUGUACAGCAUGCGGACAGCCUUCUUUAAGAUCCCCCUACUGGUUCCAGGGCUUAAUUAUCUUAUUGACACUUUUGUGGAGUGUCUGAGUGAUAAAGGGAUUUCAGACAUUAUCAAGGUGUUUGUGCUGAGAGAAGGGAAGAGCACCCCACUCCUCACUGCCCAUAUUAACAUGCCUGUAAGUGAAGGACUGGCACUCAGCUAGGAGACAUGGACAAGAUGAGCCUGGAUGAGAUUAUUGCUGUGUCCAAGUAGAGGCAGCCUGUAGAGGCAUGGCUUAGCCAUUAAUGCUCCAGAGACUAAAGAGCCACUCCGUGCAGGUGAUCACAGAAGCUUGUGCUGGCCAUAGAAACCAAAGUUUUUUGAUGAUUGCUGCAGUCAGCAGGUGUAUCAUUGUAAAAGUCCACAUAGUUGGGUUUAGGAUUGUGUGUUGGUAACUGCUUUAUAUAUAAUACUGAUUUGGUAGGUAUUGUAAGGUGGCCGAGAAAUGCAAACCAGAAACAAAAUUUACUCAUCCAAAUCCAAAAACAAAUUAACCAAGCCAAAACCAAAAUAAAAAUCCAAAAACAAAUUAACCAAUCGAAAACCAAAAUAAAAAUAAUAUUAAAAUAAAAAAACAAACAAAAAAAAAAAACAACCCAGAAAACACAAUGACAAUUCAGACAAACUGGAAAAGGUAUGUAUAGUUUGUGAAUAAAAUACUUACCACUCAUUUGACAAGACAUCUCUCAUUUCAAAUACACACUUUCCUGCUUCCUGUAUAUCUUAUAACUUUGUUUCUUGUACGUUUGUGUAGUUCUGCGUUUACUUUAAACCAUUUUUUUUCCAAAACUUCAACACACAAGCGCAGACUUCCUCCUGCCACAGCUGUAGCGAAUGACAGAUGUCUUGUCCAGUGAGCAGUAAGUAUUCCAUUUGCAAACUAAACCUACCUUUUCAGGUUUGUCUGAAUUGUCGGUUUCUGAUUUGUAAAUUUGUUUGGUGCUUCUUAGCCACCGUAGUAUCUCAUGUUUAUACAUACAUUCACUGGCCAGUUCAUUAGGAACAUCUGCUCAAAUCUGCAAUACGAGAACCUUUGCCUGUUUCGUGUAUUAUAACCCAAUGUGGUAUUCCGUGGAUGUGAACAUCUCAGACCCCAUUAUUUCCUCAAAUACUUGAUCCAACAAGACCACGCUCAUAGUAAGGGACAGCACAUUUCCCCUCGCAUACUGUUUAAUGUGCUUGACUUGUAUGCAUUGUGCUGCUGCCACAUGAUUGAUAAUUGGAUUGGCUGAUUAGAUAAUUGCAUGAAAGUGCAGGUGUCCCAGAUGAAAUAACUGGUGAGUGAAUAUGAUUUAUUAUUCCUAAUAGUGUGUAUUUUAAGACUCUCUGUCAGGUUUUACAAAAUAAAUUGAAAUAAUACAA